CUCAAUGGUAGCAGGGGUAACCAUGAUUGAGGUGUCCCUCCUGAGGUAUGAUAACCCAGGUAGUCGACUGAGUGGAGGAGAAUGCUGUGAUGCUGGUAUGUCGGAGAUAUGCAGAGACAAAUGCGAUAACAGGUUCGAGAUAUGCGUCUCUAGUCAAGGGAGUGACAUCGACAUGACAUCUUGCUCCUACUUCUCAGCAAAUACAAUGGAGAUAAUGGACAACUCAGAUCAGUUCACGUUCCCAACUUCCUUACUCUUGCAGGAUGGCAGCAGUCUUCCGAAUCCAUUUACUAUCUCCAUACCUGAUGCUUGGGGAGGAGUCCGGUUCAAGGUGCGCGUCAUGGACGUCGAUACAGGGGGUGAACAACAAGUGGAUAUUCUGGCGAAAAAUAUAAACUAUUACCCAGAUCCAAAUUACGAAUACACUAUCCAAUGGAAACCAGUGCUGUCUGGAACAGGUGAUGGAAGAUUAAAGACAGCAAUGCGGGUUUACUGUGGAGAUGGGUUCUUUGGCCCUCGAUGUCACGUAUACUGCGUGGACGGUCCUACAUACACAUGCGAACCAUUCACAGGGAAGAAGCUUUGUGAAUCUGGUUAUGGUGGAACAGAGUGUGACGAGGACAUAGCGGAAUGUGCAUCAUCACCAUGUCAGCAAGGAGGUUCUUGCGUCGACCUUAUAAACAGUUACCGUUGCGAUUGUAUUCCGGGGACUUAUGGUACCCACUGUGAAAGAAACCACAACGACUGUGACAAUGUAGUAUGUCAGAACGACGGUACCUGUCAUGAUCAGCUCAAUGAUUUCCAGUGCACAUGUACUGAAAAUUUUGAAGGUCGUUUCUGCGAGGUCCUUAUUGAUGAAUGCAUCAGCGAUCCUUGCCUGAAUGGAGCUACUUGCGCGGAUGGUAUUCGAGAUUACAGCUGUAUAUGUGCUGAUGGUUAUGAAGGAAGAAAUUGCGAGAUUGACAUUAAUGAAUGCUCAAGUUCACCAUGUUUUAACAAUGGGACAUGUGAUGACAAAGCUGCAGGCUUUGAGUGUAAAUGUGUUCCCGGCUUUGUGGGAGACUUGUGUGAGGUAAAUGUGGACGAAUGCGAAAGUAUGCCUUGCAAGAACGGCGGAUCUUGCAUCGAUCUCAUAAACUCAUUCGAGUGUGCCUGUUCUACUGGUUACGAAGGAAUCUCCUGUGAGGACAACGUAGAUGAAUGUCUGUCAUCGUCCUGUCAAAACGAUUCUCCUUGUAUUGAUGGCGUAGCAAGUUACACGUGUGAAUGCAAUCCAGGAUUUCAAGGAGUUCAUUGUGAAAUCAAUAUCAAUGAAUGUGCAAGUAGUCCAUGUAUAAACCAAGGUACCUGUCGAGACUUUGUGAAUGCUUUUGAAUGUGUUUGCCAACCAGGAUUCAAUGGCACUUUCUGUGAAAUCAAUAUCGAUGAAUGCAAUGGAAACCCUUGUCAAAAUGGAGGCACAUGCAGAGAUCUAAUAAAUGGAUUUGUAUGCAACUGUGCGGAUGGUUUCGAAGGAGCAUUGUGUCUUACAAACACAGAUGAAUGUUUGAGUGACCCAUGUGAAAACCAAGGAACGUGUAUUGAUGAACUGAAUGGCUUUUCAUGUAGCUGUGCUGCAGGGUUCAAUGGCACUCUGUGCAAAGAAAACAUAGAUGAAUGCGCUAGUCAGCCUUGUUUAAACAGUGCAACAUGUUUGGAUGGAAUAAAGGAAUUUGUCUGUCAAUGCCUAGACGGUUUUCAUGGCUUGCUCUGUGAGAGCAAUACAGACGACUGUGCCAUCGACCCCUGUAUCAACAAUUCGACAUGCGUUGACAGGAUCAAUUCCUUUGUAUGUGUCUGCACUGAAGGAUACGAGGGUAUGUAUUGUGAGCUUAAUACAGACGAAUGCCAAAGCGACCCUUGCAGUAAUGGAGCAACCUGCCUGGAUGGUAUCAAUGAGUACAGAUGCCAGUGCGCAGAAGGAUUUGAAGGGAUUCACUGCACAAGUAACAUCGAUGAGUGCUCCAGUAAUCCCUGUGAAAAUGGUGGCACGUGCUUGGACCAAGUAAAUGGAUUUUUGUGCACUUGUGUAAUCGGAUUUGACGGGCUUCAAUGUGGAAACAAUAUUGAUGAAUGUGCCAGCCAGCCCUGUCUGAAUAACGCCACAUGCCUUGAUGGCAUCAAUAACUACACAUGUGAAUGUAUGCCAGGUUUCAAUGGCGUUCAGUGUGAAACGAAUGUAGAUGAAUGUCAUAGUUCGCCAUGCCAACAUAAAUCUACUUGUAUAGACGGGAUUAAUGGCUUCCAAUGUCAAUGCAAAGACGGUUUCAAUGGUAGUCUUUGUGAAAUAAACAUUGAUGAAUGUGCAAGCCAUCCCUGUUUACACAAUGGAAUCUGUCAAGACGGAGUUAACAACUACACGUGUGUCUGCAUCCCUGGUUUCAUUGGCAUUAACUGUGAAACUGACGUAGACGAAUGUAGUAGUAUGCCUUGCCAGAAUAAUGCUACUUGUGUUGACAGAGUCAAUGAAUUCAUGUGUCAUUGUAAACCAGGGUUUGAAGGAACCCUCUGUGAGGUCAAUGUAGACGAAUGCAGAAGUGCACCAUGUUUAAACAUGGCAACAUGUCAUGAUUUGAUAAACGGCUAUAGAUGCGAAUGUGCUCCUGGAUAUACAGAUGUUCACUGCGAACAAAACAUCGACGAAUGCGAAAGUUCACCUUGUCAACAUGACUCUACCUGCCUUGAUGACGUGAAUGGAUUUAACUGUGACUGUAGUCCAGGGUUCGCUGGAACUCUUUGCGAAAAUAACAUGAACGAGUGCUUGAGCCUUCCUUGUUACAACAACGGCACAUGCCGCGAUGGGAUUAACAACUAUACAUGUGAGUGUCUUCCUGGUUUCAGUGGCAGUAGAUGCAAGAUCGAUGUUGAUGAAUGUGAAAGUUCUCCUUGCCAACAUAGCUCGACAUGCGUCGACGAAAUAAACGGAUUCCGAUGUCAAUGUGCAUCGGGCUAUGAUGGCAUAUUCUGCGAGGUCGAUAUAAAUGAAUGCAUCAAUAAUCCAUGCAAAAAUGGCGGAACAUGUGUAGACUUGAUCAAUACUUAUGAAUGUCAAUGCAUGGAUGGAUGGGAAGGAGCUCGCUGCGACAAUGAUACUAAUGAGUGUUUAAGCAACCCCUGUCAAAAUGGGGCCACUUGCAGAGACCAAGUAGGUGGAUAUGAGUGUGCCUGUGUGCUUGGAUUUACAGGCGUAACGUGUGAAACAGAUAUAGAUGAGUGUUUAGAGAUACCUUGUCUAAAUAAUGGUACAUGCGAAGAUGAUAUUAACAGUUUCAUUUGUCAUUGCGCUGUUGGGUUUAGUGGAAAAUCAUGUGAAGAAAACAUAGAUGACUGUGAUCCCAAUCCGUGCAGACACAACUCAACGUGUGUAGAUGGUAUUAACCAGUACGUUUGUUUAUGCAGACAUGGCUAUGAUGGUACGGUCUGUGAAAUCGACAUCAACGAUUGCAUGAACUCUCCCUGCCAUAACAACGCCACGUGUAUUGACAAAGUCAACGAUUUCGCAUGCGAAUGCACUGCAGGAUACGAGGGUAGAUUGUGCGAACUGGAUAUCAAUGAAUGUUCCAGCCGACCUUGCUUAAACGGUGGCAACUGCACUGAUUUAAUCGAUGGAUACAGUUGCCUCUGCGAUUCCGGGUAUGAGGGUUUGAACUGUGAUGUUGAUAUUGACGAGUGUGUAAGCAUCCCGUGUCAACACGGGGGUACGUGUCAAGAUCUCGUCAAUAGGUUCCAAUGUUCUUGUCAUGAAGGUUACGACGGCACUACAUGUGACAAUAACAUCGACGAAUGCCAGCCUUCCCCGUGCCAGAAUGAAGGUAUCUGCGAAGAUGGAAUCGCGUCUUAUCAGUGCCUUUGCCUACCUGGAUUCGAGGGCGCCAAUUGUGGAAUAAACAUCCAAGAAUGUGAUUCAUCGCCGUGUAGUGAGAACCAUACCUGUAUAGAUGAGAUCAAUGGUUAUAAUUGUCUUUGCCUUCCUGGCUUUGAAGGUGUCCAUUGUGAGAUGGAGACGAACGAAUGCCUGUCAUCCCCUUGUCGACACGGAGGAACGUGCUUGGAUCAUGUCGACAGCUUUACAUGUGCCUGCCCUUAUGGUACGACAGGAAAAUUAUGCGAGACCGUCACCAAUGCCUGUAUUAGCCAGCCAUGCUCUAAUAAUGCAACGUGUGAAGAUACUUUAAAUGGAACAAGUUGUAUCUGCCCUCCUGGCUACACUGGUGAGUUCUGUGAAUCUCUGGAUCUUGGACUGUGUGGCGCAUCUUGCAUUAAUGGUCGAUGUGCAGUUUCUUUUAGUCCUGAAGGAGAAGUGAUCCACAAUUGUUUAUGUGAGAAGGGCUUUAUUGGGACCAACUGCGAUACAGAAAUUACAGCUAUAUGCUCAAACAUCCUUCUCACAAGUCACCAUCCUACGAAUAACAUGGUAAAUGUGGCGACGAAGCUAAGCAAAAUUAUCAAGAUGUCAUACGGAGAUAGCCUAGAAGAGCCUAAGAACAUUGAAGUAGUCAUCAUAGCAUCUGCGAACGAAAGCUCACAACUAUCAGGGAGCCCUUACACAAAUACAACAUUCUAUACAAUGGUGAACAACAGACCACUGAGUCAAGACGAACAGGAGAGAAUUUUGAAUUCGAUGACAAAUGAAGAGAAAGAUGUUAUCAUGGACCCUUUUCAAAUAUUUGAAGAUACUCCAAUAGUACCAGAGGAAAGUGGAAAGAAGGCUGGCUGGGGUUGGAGGAACUGGGUGAUACUAGUUUCACUCGUUUCUAUCAUCAUAGUUUUACUCAUCGCCAUUGGUUAUGUGGCAACGAGAUAGUACAUACUUCAACUGCAUUUUUUCUGUCCUAUGCCAUAAUUUUAUACACUUUUUGGAAAAAAAUGUUUCGCUUCUCAUUCUCGCUUUUCCAUUGCAGUUCAUAUUCUGUAAUAUAUUUGUAUCCUGUCUUGCUUUGAUAUAGGCUUGGCCCCUUUCACCGUUGGUAUAUUGUCGUCUAUCAUAUUUUUGUCCACAAAAGUAAAACUUUCUUGAUAUACCUGUCUGUCAUGUCUUUAUCCUCUGUCUUGCUUUUAAUAUAGCCUUGGCCGCUUCAUCGUUGGUAUAUCUUCUUAUUGCUACCGUUAGUAACGGUACUCUUUAUCAUCUUUAUCAUCGCUAUUAUAAUCAGGUAGAGAGAUAAUGCUGCAUGUCGCAUAUUACUGAAAUGUUGCAUCUUCACCAUAUUUGCAUCUUGAUUUGGGAUGCUUUGGGGGAAAGUGAAUAAAUAUGUGAUUAUGUUUUGAAAAAGUAAACAACAUUAUUACAGUUCGAAUUAAUGUGUUCCAAAGUGAAAAAAAACCAGUGACAGGGUGAUUGACAAGUUGUUUAGAUGUAAACUAAGAGAAUAAAAAGGCAAAUUAUGCAAUGAUAAAUUUACGCCUAGAAGUCUAGAGAAUGCGAGUUAAUAAAAUGAUGCAUUUUGCACUUUACACUUAAUUUGCACGUAAAAUGAUAAUCCAGCUGUACAAAAUAAUAGACCAUUCCACG